GCGGCGGCGGGGGGCGGGCGCCGGCAGUCCGGGUUGUCCGCCGCUGCCGUGCAGAGCCGCACCGGGCCCAGGCCGAGCCGCCGCCGCCGCCAUGCCCUCGGAGAAGAGCUUCAAGCAGCGCCGCAGCUUCGAGCAACGAGUGGAAGAUGUACGACUCAUUCGAGAGCAGCAUCCAACUAAAAUACCAGUGAUCAUUGAAAGGUACAAGGGAGAGAAGCAGCUUCCAGUUUUGGAUAAGACCAAGUUCCUGGUGCCAGAUCAUGUUAACAUGAGUGAGCUAAUCAAAAUUAUCAGGCGACGCCUGCAGCUGAACUCCAACCAGGCCUUCUUCCUCCUGGUGAAUGGACACAGCAUGGUGAGCGUUUCCACACCCAUAUCCGAGGUGUACGAGAGCGAGAAGGAUGAGGAUGGGUUCCUCUACAUGGUGUAUGCCUCUCAGGAGACUUUCGGAGCGCAGCCUUCUGUCUAAGACACGCGAAUGGCUUCUAGCCUAGGAUUCUGGUUUACCCUUGGCCAUCACCCCCACUCUUCCCCACACGCACCCCAGGGAAGGAAAUGGAUGUCACCUAUGCUCUCAGUACUUUAGCAUAGUCUUGCUUUAGCAGGUGUCUCAUCUUACCUUGCCUUGUUUGUAACUAUUAAACAGUACAGACGAGCACCUCCAGCUUUGAAACCUGCUGUAAUAUUCCACACAGGCACAUUUACAUUUCUGGACUUUAUGAAUGGAACCUGAUCGUGCAUGUGACAAAUUGCAAACAAAAGGGACACUCGAUUGACUUCUAACAAGCACCAGGGAGGAGCUAAAGUGUUUCGUGUGACAAUUUUUUGGAAAAAUCUCCCUUUUAUUCCUUAAAACUUUAUAUUUUUUUUUAAAUAAUGGGAGGGUUUCUCAUGAGAGCAAAAAUGUUUUGAUGUUCCAGAGCAGAACAGCUCGAUCAGACUCGUGUCAGUGCUGCAGCGAGUUAAGGCGAGCACUUGGGGUGAGCUGGGGGGAGUCCAACUCUUUUUAUCUCUUGUUUUCUGUGGCACUGCAAGUGUAGGAACGGUGCCAGUAUCUGAAAUACUCAUACCAAACACCACAGCUUUAUUGUAGUUUUAGGAAGUGUUUAACUGUAAAGUACACACCUGGACAGGUAACACUGAAACAAACUCCAGUCUGUAAAGGAUUUCCAGUCCCUGUGUUCAGUGAAACACCAUUUUCACAGGAGCUUGCUUCCAAAAGGUCUCCCCCCUCCCUAACCUGGAGUUUUGCUGUUUUCCUUGAGAGGAGGAGGUAUUGGAGGGACCCACUGGCAGCACUGGGGAUGUGUAUGGCCAGCCAUGGAGCAGCCAGUGUCUGCUAAGACCCAAGCAGCAUCUGUCCUCGCUCUUCCCAUUGGCUUGGCUGGGCCCUCCAUGCUUUGUUGUACCCCUCCUUUUGUACCUGCCACUGGAAUUACCAGCCCAUGCUGCCCAACCAGUCUGGCACUCGUUUGGGUCAGGGAGGUGGCUUUUGGAAGCAGCUCAAGCCCAGGAGCUGCUGCCCAGUCGAUGAACAAAUCAUUUCUGCCAUCACUGAUGUUUCCUGCCACUUGUAUGGGGUUGGGGCAAUGCUGGCGUUAGGCCUGACCUGAGACAGCCUUUGCAGAGGAAGGGUAUUAUAUAGGACUGGUGAUUCUCCUGUAGAGUCGUUGUCAAGUGAAGCAUAGCAGGAUGAGAUUACUCGUGUAUAUUAUGUGUCUGUAAACUAACUGCAUCUGUUACUGGAAGCUAACUACUAUAACGGGGGAAAACCAAGCAAUACUACUGCGCCUCGGCACUCUAGCUCAGCAAGGUGUACACUUUUUACUGCCUACACCUCUCUGCAUGCAUCUCCUUCACAAGGCUGACUGACUUGGGAUUUUUUUAUUGGUUUUUGUGUUUGUACUCCAAUGUAAACUUCUAAAUGCAGCUUGUUCUACGUUUAGUUUUGUUCGUGUAAGGAACUGUUUAACUCAUAACUGACAACCAUACUUGUAAUUACAACGUGAUUGACUGAUACUCCUGUACAAAUGUUGCUUUUUUAAACUUAAUACAGUGCUGAUACGGAUGGAUUACAUCCCAACUUCCCUA